ACUAACUUCAUUAAAUAUCCUAUCAAGUUUAUUUUCAUAUCAGUCAAUAUCAAUAUAUAUCACAAUAUAAAAGAAAUCACUUAUUUCUUAUGUUAAAUGUUGUCUGUUACUGUUAACCUUUUGAUUUAUUUUCUGUUAAAAGUUGAACAUAACAUGGAACAUUGUACAACAGUGUAAGACAAGUCAAACGUAUAGAUAUUCAUAAACGUGUAAUCUGACCAUGCAAAAGUUUUCCAGUUCCAAUUUACGCUCAGGGAACUGGUAACGAGGGUCCAUUAAUCUAAUCAUCCAUCUGAAUCCCUUAUUUGGAACUGUGCUUACCGGUAGGAUGUCUUUUGCUGUACAAUUGAUUUGUUCUUUUCAGAUUGGGGCAACUGUGUGUCUGGAAGGGGGGGGGGGGGGGGGGGGGGGGAUGUCACACGACGACGUUUUUGACAAUAAAGGCCCGUGUGCGGAGUUAUUUUGGUUUUGUAAAGUCUCACAAGAAACAGAUAAGUUUCCCAUGGCUGCAGCUGGAGGCUACAAACAUUAGCGCCGGCUGUGUCUCGCUGCUAAUGUACCGUGUGUUAGGGGGUCAAUUCAGAGAUGUUUUUGGGGGGCUUUUUGAGUUUGGAGUUUGCACCACUUGAAACUUGAAAAAUAAAGGAUUUUUCUCCUAAUUACGCUGACUUUUUUGUACAAAAUCCUACUUAAGUCUCUAUUCUGCAACUGUAACCCCUGCUACCUGCACUGUCACGCCAUCGCUUUGUACUACAUGUCUCAGAUAGCCUGUUGCCCAUUUAUUACUCCACCUGCCAGUGCCUUCCUUUUACCAAACCACCUUUUCACUGGCACCGCUACCACCAUCGCAUCCGGUUAAUCUUUUAAGCAGUAUCACUCUAGGCCGUGCUAUAUAUUCUCCGAUAAUAAUCCAUGCAAAUGUGAAAACUUUUGUCUAUACUUUUACCAAUGUAUUUGUUUUUUGUCCGCCCAAUCAAAACCUAUUAGCUCUUUUUCCGUAGACACGCUGCGCAAUUUUUUUCUGUACAUGCUGAACUGUUCUACAUACUGUAUGUGUAACCAAACUGAUCACAGUAGAGAACAGAACAACUGUGCUAUGAUCCCAAAGAAGGAUUUUGAAACGAUAAUGCAAUGUCCUAUGACAGCACCCGUUUGUGUAAUUACGUACUGAAAGUUGUUACAGAAACCACAACCAAAGAGGAAAGUUUUCUUCCUCUCGUCGAGUAGUAAUAGUAAAGGAUAGUAAACCUGUAUUAAUUAUUUACAUGUUUUUUUUUUGUGCCCCUUUUUUAAGUUGCACAUAAUAUGGUAAUGGAAAGCCAGUUGACAAAGCAAACACACACAAGCAAACACAAGAGUAUCCACAACCACAAUUCUCUCCCUCCCAACUAUUCUUGAUUCUAUUUUAUAAGCCACAAAUUUGUAUGUUUUGGCUGUGUACGGGCCUUUGUUAGGGACUUUAUCUCCUCUACCCAGUAGACCUAAGUCGGAUCAAGAAAAGCGGAGCAGGGCUCAGGCCACUUGGUACCGGUAACCUCUCACCCACAUACAGGAUCAAUCCACACUAUUAGAAUCGGAACCUGCAUGAAUUGGGAUAUCAGAAUCAGAAUCAGAAUCAUCUUUAUUUGCCAAGUAUGUCCAAAACACACAAGGAAUUUGUCUCCGGUAGUUGGAGCCGCUCUAGUACAACAGACAGUCAAUUUACAGAACACUUUGGAGACAUAAAGACAUUGACAAAAAACAAUUGUGCAAAAAGAUGCAGAAUCCUCUAGCACUUAAGAGCAGUUCGAAUGGCUAAUAUCGCAAUAAUCCGGUGCAAUGACCAUUGUGCAAAGGGCACUGAGACUUCAAGGAGUGUAUGCGGUUUAAAGUUUUAUCGAUCCACUGUGCUGGGGAGGGGAAAUAACAAGCGUGGAUUCAAAGCAGGAAAAUUGAGUCUCCCACCUGUUAAGAUUUUACAACUGCCUUUUUUUUGACAACUGCGCUGUUCCGUUUUUGACUGAUCCCUUGCGAGCAAUACGGGUCACCAGAAGUGCUGCGUCUGCACGCUCCAGCUAAUAAUGUUGACGUUCUCUACCUGGGAAGUUUAUUAAAUAGCAAUGUCAUGGUCUGUGUUUUGGUUUGGGUUGUGUUUAGUUUUGUUCAAUGUUUUCCUGUGUUCCAUGUUUGUCGUGUGCUCAUUAGGUUGUUGUGUCCACCUGUUCUCGUCUACUUUGUGUCGACCAAUCAGCUCUCUCUAGCCACUCGUCUUGUCCAGGUGUUCCUCGUUGUCUCGUCAAUUUGUUUGUAUUUAGUUCCCUGGUUUAUUUCAGUUCUCGUCGGUUCAUUGUCGUUGUCACAUGUCUCGCCAUGUCAUUGUCGCUCAGGUAUUUCAUCAGUCAUGUCUUGUUGCUUGUUUUGGGUUCACUCAAGUGUUUCUUUGUUACUUUUGUGUUUAGAUUUUGGACUUUGUUAAUUUAGCAUUUAGAUUUUUUCAUGAUCUUUGUUUUCCUUUGUUUUUGGAAUUAAAUAUUAUUAUUUUGAGAUUCCCGCACUCCUGCCUUGCCUCCCUGCUUCCCUGCAAUUGGGUCCACCAUGUUCUUGCCUUGCGUUCCUCGCCUUCGCCCUAACCACGUACGUGACAAGCAAGGCUUUUAGCGAAAUGUCGCGUGGAUGCGAAUGACUGCGCAGAAGCCACGGCGGGUUGAAGGAAUGUUGACUUGUAUGGGUGUGCCCGUGGCUUUGCAUAGUCACUCAGCUUCAGAAAGGAAACAAACUGGGACAAGAAAAAAUUGUUUAGUGCAGUCGUGGUUUAAGUCUAAACAUACGUCCAAGCUAUCAAUAUUUGCUGAACGAUAAUAACUAACAUUCCCAUAUACUAACGUGACGAUGCAUUGGCAGCCAGGAUAAAGCACUAUUACUCUGAGUCUGUUAUCAGUCUCUGAACUACACUUUCUGGGAUGUUUUCAUGAGAGGAAUGUAAGUGAUGAGUGCAAUAAUGAACUGCCUCCUAAAUGUCGAAAUUGGAACUAAAACUGGAUUUCUUGAGUAUUCAUCUGAAAGAUACCGUAUGCCUUUUCUGUAAUUAUUUCUACACUGAACUUAAAAACAACAAUUCUCAGGCUGCUGUCUUGGUGAAGGCAGACAUUUUGAUAGCUUUCCCCGAUUGGCGCUCUUCAAAAGGUGCCUAACGAUGUGGCUACAGAGUGUAUGUUCACUUUAAUACGUUGAAUCCAAUUGUCAAUCACUUCCUUAGCUACAAAAUUAUCUUGCACAGCUGCACUGACCAGGUACUUUGUAGAACAUCAUAUCUGUCUCCCACUCAGUCCCGUCCCCCCCCCCCGCCCCAUGCUGCAAUUGCACAGAUCACUUUAACACACCCACCCCGCCAACCACCUCCAGCAAACCGACCCAGACUGCAAUACAUUCUCCUUCGAGCACAAGACGAGGGAUUUUCUUGCUCUUCAACCUUCGUCACCCUGCCCCAACUGUGCGCUUUCUUGGAACACUGCACUUCCAUUGAGGAUUUUCGUUACAAUAUAGACAGCGGAGGUCUCAUGAUCUCCUGGCUUUAUUCGAAAAAUAGAGGUUGCUGGGUUUGUAUCGACACAAGGUGUGGGCUAAAAUGUGUGGAAAGGUACAUUAAGUACAGCUCGAGAUAGGAGAAACACAAUGGCAUAUGAGUGAGAUGAAAUCAUGAAAAUCCACAUUUUGAGCCUGCCCCAUUCAGAUCUAUAAAUGUAAAUGCUGCUUGAAUAAUUGUACUCCUUUACCACUACAUUCUGUUUUUUGCCCAUAUGUUUCACCAUAUUGUGUCUGUGUGCGUCGGUUUUUAUGCUCUACAUCUGGCCACAGGAACACGCCUGCCGUUUUUUCCACGAGGGACACAAAGGAGACUGGUGGGCAUCAGACUGUAAAGCAAACAAGUCACCAUAGUGGAAUGUCGACAUGUUCCCCUUCGGUGUGUGGCUUGGCGGCCCCUCACAGCACGGCGCGCCACGUCCAACCCGAGGCUCUGAUCUCUGACACCCGCUGAGCCGGAGCAGCCGCCACGUACCUGAGAGGACGUGAGGCACGCCAGAAACCGAAUCGCAUGCUGAAGGUAGUGCAGCUCUCCUUCCGAUACCGCGUGCCCUUAAAGCUGACAUGUGUAAGCCACGUGAGACGGCAAGCUGAGACUCCUUGGCGAGGGAAAAGCAGGAUGUUUCCCAUUGCGUCCCGUCUCUCGAGCCAGAGCAGCGUCAACCCUGCCGCUGCGGCCUUGCUCUUCUCCCUUUGUCUUGGCUUCCCUCCCCGGGCGCUCACGUGCCCGCCAGGCUGCAUUUGCGCGAGCGAUAUCAUUUCUUGCAGCGGCCGCAAUCUGUCCGCGCUGCCCUCUGACCUCCCCGGCUACGCCGCGCGCUUAGACCUGAGCCACAAUUCCCUGACUGCGCUGCCCGCCGAUUGGAUAGCGCGGCCGUUCGAACGACUCGCCGCGCUGCUUCUCGGCCGCAAUCGCGUCGGCCGAAUUGAGGCGCGGGCCUUCGCGGUGACACCUCAUCUCCUGCACCUGGACCUGUCCUCUAACAAACUAUCAGCGCUCAAUUCAUCUGUCUUCGCCGGCCUCACGGAGCUGCAAGAGCUUUUACUGUUUGAUAACCAGAUUGCCCAGAUCAAUCCUAACGCCUUUAGCGGUCUCCGCAGCCUGGUGAAGCUCUACCUGUCCGGGAACAGGCUAACAUCGCUCCCCGUAAGUCUUUUGAACGGAGAAGGAGCGCUCAACCUGACCUUUCUUGACGUGUCAUCCAACGGGCUCUCCAGUGUACACGUUCGCACGCUGCUCUCUCUGAGCCAACACGGUGGAAUUUAUUUGCAGGGUAACCCUCUCAUUUGUGACUGCGCGUUUCUGGCUCUGCUCGAGUACUGGACGUGGAAGCAGUACGGCCCCCUGUUGGACUUUCAAGAUGGCUACCCGUGUAAGGACGACGUAGGCCUGAUGCUGAAUUGCAGCCUAAAGGAGGAGGUGUCCGGUGAGGGCGGAAGCUACCAAGUCGAUCCGGGUAAACGUUUGCGGUUGGCGUGCCCCGGCUUCGCCUCGCCUCCGACGAAGGAUCCGGCGGUAUUCUGGGUCACCCCCACAACAGUGCUCAAUUCACCGGCACACGAUCCAAGCGCUCACCUGGCAGUCCUCCCUAACGGCAGCCUGGAGAUAAGAGGAGCGCUGAUGGAGGAUUCCGGAGCGUACGUGUGCGUGGCAGCCCGCGGGCGCCGUUAUGACCUCGACGCGUCUCCCGAAGUCAACGUGGUCGUGGGGAACACGAGCUCGGUCGCCGCCAGCGGCUCGGCCCACCGCAGCGGAGGCGAGCAUUUCAACACGGCUUUCACCACCCUGGCUUCCUGCGUGGUCAGCAUCGUACUGGUGCUCCUCUACCUCUACCUGACGCCGUGUCGGUGCAGGGAAAACAGGGGCGGCGCCGGGGGAGGGUGCGGAGGACGAGCUAUCGUCCUCUGUUCGGACCCCAGGGAAGUUGAGUCGGGACAGCGCAGGUCCAAUGGGAAAAGGGUCGCCUUCUUGGAGCCCCAAAUGGAGGACUUUGAUACCGCUGGUGCAAAGUCACCAGCGAUCAACACGAGUCACGUCGGCACUGAGGGAAUUCUUAAAAACGGAAGCAGGACAGUGGGGCAGACCCUCACAGACACAACCCUCGUGGUAUAACGAAAAAUAGAGUUUUACAUACAAGCUGAAAAUACGCAGUACAUUACAUAGUUGGGGAUUUUCAGCUUCCGGGUGAAAUGGCAGGAUGCUUUUUUGUGAGUAGUGUAUCUGAAUUUGACUAUUAUCCCGCCUGUAUAUAUUUAUACGAAGGCUCCAUACGGUGACAGCGGAGAUGGCAAAGACGAUUUCAAUGCGGGCGGCGCGACAAUCGCGCUCGAGUCGAUCAGGCACCGCAGCGGUGAAGCUUAUUGUCAAGUCUGACUGAACUAUUGCUCAUUAAAAGACGUGUCAUGUGCUGUGCAAACGCCACCAUAGAAACCAACCCCACCUUGUUUGAUUAUAGCUCAAACUGUGUCUGCUGUGUCUUCAAGUGAUUGUACACGGAGAAAGGAGCAAUUCUACGUUUGACCACCGUCGCUACUGUAACACGUAUAUGACUCUUUCGAUAAGUUGGAGCAAUGUAGCACUUGCCAGCAAGAAUAAAAUGAAGCGAUGCAUUGUGACGGCGUUAUAUCAUGCACAUGUUUAUAUGUACAAUAGUUUGUUUCGUGAGAUGUCUUAGCAUCCACCCGAUGCAGAAAGUGGCAGGCUAAAUGAUGUCAGAGUGCACAUUUUCACGUGCUUUAACGGCUCGUUGGAAUCCCCUCGCGGACAUGACUUUAAUCUUAUGGGACGUCCAUGUUAAAAAAAAGAAUGGUCUCUGCGUAACUCAGCAAUGGCUUGCUAACAUCACCAUUUCAACUAUGUGCAUUAUUGUUAAAAGUGUUCUCUUAAAAUCUCUGACUCUGUAUAGUACUACAUACAUGAUUGGAUCUCACCAGACUGUAACCCGCAUCUAGAUACAGUGGCUGUAAAAAGUCGACACACCACUGAUUUUUGCGAUAUCAAAGAAUGACAGCAAGAUAAAUGACUUUGAAACCUUUUUCCACCAUUAACCUGGCCUAUAAACCGUGCAAAUCAAAUAAUGGAAUGUUUGAGAGGGGAAGUAUAAAGAAACAACUGAAAUAAUGUGGUUGUAUUAGUGUGCACACCCUCUUGUAACCAAUACGUGGCUGUGUUUAGAGUCAACAAUCACGUUCGUGUUAAAUGGGGGUCAUCUCACACCCGCCGCCAUUUAAAGUGCCUCUGAUUAACCACAAAUAAAGUUCAGGUGUUUGGCGGCUUUUCCUGACAUUUUAUGCUUUCGAGCAGACGCUUGAAGGUUCUGCGUUAACGCUGACUGUGGUAUUUGUCACGGUUCAUAAUUCCCUCCACCUUGAAUAAGGCGUCAGGUUCGGCUGAAGAAAAACGUCCCCAAAGCGUGAUGCAGCCACUACCACGCGUCGCUAACUAUAUCGUGACCUUUUGGUGAGGACCAGUGUUGCGUUUGCAGAAAACUUUUGCAGGUUUGGCACAGGUUUUUUUUUUGUUAAACGAUUCCUCUUAUUUUUUUUUUAAUCCCACAAAAAACAGUUCAAACUUGGGUGUGUAAACUUUUUAUAUCCACUCUACAGCUCCAAAUGUCACCGAAACAAAUGGUGAGAUGCUGUAAAGGGAACUGAUACGCAUAUGAUGUGCAACAUUAGCUUUUUAGUAUUCGCGAUGAAGUUGAACAGUGGCAGGCGAAUGACCGAUGCACAUUUCCAGUCGCUCUUUCUUUAGAAUAAAAAGCGUUUCUUAUGUAUAGCCCGAUUCAUGGAGCGAGAGGUUCCCAAGCAAAGUAACUUUCGGAAGGACUGACCCUUAGAAAGGCAGCGGUCAUUCAGGCCAUAUUGUUGUCUCCCAGUGAGGAAAAGUGUGACCCACAUUCUCCCUUUGUCUGAUAUUUUUAGAUGUGUGAUGUCGUUCCAAGGUGCCAAAAAGCUUGUUUUGCUUCUCCACGUGUACUGUCCACACAAUAUUACACAUUUGAGUUUUGAUGUUUCAUUAGAAUCCACAUAAACAUCGUCAAGUGUAUUGUCAUGAGUGCGUGUUGCACAUUUUGUAAAUAAAAGGUUGACUUUUA